AUGCGCCUCUUCGCCUUCCUUCUCCUCUUUACACUCCUCAGCCUCGCGCUGGCGGACACCGAGAUCGUCAACGUCCGCAUUCCUCUUCCCCCAUCCGACUUGGUGGGCGUCAAGCUCACCCGGCUCGAGGCGGGUCGGCGACACACGCACACGCUCUCGUCCAACGACUCGGAGACGUACUUCUUUGCGGCCCUCGAUCCGGGGGGAUGGACGGCGCGCAUUUCCUGGCCGGCAUCGACGCCGACGCGGUUCACGAUCACACCGCACGGGCACGCCGACGGCGCAGUGUUCCAUGUCCGCGCGUCGGCGCUCGCGCCGCGCGUGCCAUACUUCAACCCCGAGGGGCUCGCCGACUCGGAUUUCGAGACUACGUUCCACAUCCUCGUUGAGCCGUUGUUGCUUGGCGUGCUCCCGCGCACGGCGGUGAGUGCCUUCGGCGCGAUAGCGGUGUGCGUCGCCAUCGCCGCGUUCCUCGCACCGCGAUUCUUGGCGGGCCUGCAUGGUCUCGUGCGUCACCUCGAUGAAGAACCGACCAAGGACGAAUGA